UAUAAAGUGUCGUUAAUAAAAAGUAAAGUUAAUUAAAAGUGUCUUAAAUUGAUUAGAAAUAAAAAAAAUUGGAUCAAAAAGGACAAUUUAUAAUAGCUGAACCCUUUUUUUUAAAAGGGAAAUAAUACGUAAUGAUCUACGUAAAAUUAUUGUCAUGUUGCUUAAUGUUAAGUGUGAUCCUUGAUUUGGCAUUAAAAUGCCUAUGUUAUGCUGAUGAUGAUCCAAAAGUUUGUACACAUGAUGCUGGGUGUUAUAUUGGCACACGUAUGGACGGAUAUCAAUCUGGUGAAUUUGAUGCAUUUAUGGGAAUUCCAUAUUCAUUUCCACCUGCACGAUUCGAAGCACCAAGUCGUUAUAAAAGUAAUAAAACGCAUAUAGUCAAGAAAUUACAAUUUGAUUGUAUGCAAAAAAACUAUUUAUUACCCAAUAGACCGAUAAGUGGCUCAGAGGAUUGUUUGUUUUUAAAUGUUUAUAGACCACUGAAUAUUGUAGAUCCGUUACCCGUUAUGGUUUAUAUAUUUGGAGGCGGGUUUUUCGCUGGAUCAUCUAGUCCGAUUUUUGUCGGCCCCGAAUAUAUAAUGGAUCAUGGCAAUAUCAUACUGGUAACGUUUGGCUAUCGUUUGGGCGCAUUUGGUUUCCUAUCAACUGGUGACGAUAUACUUCCCGGAAAUUUGGGCUUAAAAGAUCAAAAUAUGGCCCUAAGGUGGGUGUAUUCAUACAUCGGGUUUUUCGGUGGCGAUCGCUAUCGUGUUACAUUGUUUGGACAAAGUGCGGGAGCAGUAUCGGCCCAUAUGCACAUGUUGAGCAAAAUAUCACAACAUUUAUUCUAUGGCAUUAUAGCCAUAAGUGGAACGGCCAAUGUACCAUUUAAUAUCGAUGAAACGCCUGAGUAUACGUUUAGACAGACAGCCAAAUAUGCUAAUAUAUCAAAUUGGGAUACAAAGAGUACUGAAAGAUUGGCAUACGAACUGCAGAAUGUGCACCCAUAUGUACUGUUAAAUGCCGGCGAUGGUUUAAAAUACUGGGAUGUGGAUAAUAUGGUCAACUAUAGGCCAGUUAUUGAGAAACCGGGUCCUUUUGCAUUUUUAGACAAACAUCCUGUUAAAUCUAUGCGUUCUGGUGAUUAUACGCCAGUGCCCAUAAUGUUUGGUCGUGUACCAAAGGAAGGCGGUGUUCGGGUGGUAGCCAUUAUGGAGUCUGAUAAAUUAAGAAAUGAGUUCAAUGCACAUUUUAAUGAUUAUUUGAGAAGAUUUCUGGAAUUUCCAAAGAACUUUACCGUUUCACAGCAGAUCGAAAAAGUGAAUUUGGUAAUAAAAGAAUAUUUUGAUGAUGUAAGAGAAUUAAAUAAUCAAACGAGGGAGGGAUUUAUGGAUAUGGUUACAGAUCGUGGUUUUUAUCAUCCCCUUUACCAUGCGGUUAAAAUGUUUGUCAAUCGGAUAGAUACAACUAAAAACCCUCUUUAUAUGUAUGAAUUUAAUUAUCUCGGAAGCUAUACAUAUGCCCAUUUUUAUGCCGGUCAUGUAACCGAUUACGAGUAUGGUGUAGUUCACUGUGAUGAUCUCGUCUAUUUGUUUAGGGCGCCUCGUAUAAUUCCCGAUUUUGAUAAGGGUUCAGUGGAAGCAGGUGUUAUUAAAGAGUAUGUAGGUGAUUUAGUUCAUUUUGCUCAGCUAAGGAGACCAAAAGUUCAUAAAAAAUUCAGGGAGUGCAACAGGGAUACAUUUUAUCCCGGAGAAGGGAAAAUAUGUGAUUAUCAUGAAUUUAUUAACGGUAUGGAUUUUACAUCAUUAGAUAUUAAAAUUAAUGAUGCAUUUGAUACGAGACGUAUGAAGUUUUGGGAUGAUAUUUUGGAUCCUAAGAAACACAUGUAUUAAUGUUUUUUUUUCACCAAAAAUUUAUUUAUUAUAUUACGAAGUCUUCAAAUAAAAGAAAUUUAUUAAUAUUAAUUUGCAAAAUUUAUAUUUUAUUUUAUUAAAAAA